UCUUCCACAGUCAUCAUUCAAGCACGCGGAACAAAUGAAGCACAAGGACCUUCUGCCGGAUUUGCAUUAAUGAAUGCUUUAGUGAUGGGCAGUUGGACAGGUGGCAAUCAAUACUUUGUUCAAUAUCCGGCAAAUUGGGAUCAAAUCAGCGUUGCAGGAACGGAUGAUAUAAUUAACAAAGUCACUGCAAUCUCGCAAAAUUUUCCAAAUCAAUGCGUACUCUUACAAGGAUACAGCCAAGGCGCAGCAGCAACGACAAAUGCAUUGAACCAAUUAAACGGAACAGCAGCAGAUUCGGUCAAGGGUGUUUUCUUGAUCGGAAAUCCACUCAGGAAACCAAACUUACCCUGUAACGUCAAUAGCACCGGAGGAACUUCAACCGAAUCAAGCAUAGGUGUCGAAAUGAGACUUUUGAGCAAUUUAUCCAGUGUACCCGAUUCAUUCGUGAAUAAAACUUUGGACGUUUGCAUUGAUGGAGAUGGAAUUUGUGAUUCGACAAAUGGAAACGGAUAUGGUGCUCAAAAUCAACAUUUAUCUUAUGCAUACGAUGCCAACGUUCAAUCCCUCGGA